AUGGAGACCAUCAACUUGGACUAUGUUGCCAUUAACCUCGACUGCGUCAACGAGGAUCUGAACGACAUGAGCUCGUGCCAGUACGAGGUGGAGGCGGAAGCUUUUAGCCUGGGACCCUGGUACUUCAUCUCCCAGAUGAUCGGUGAGGCAGCGUCGCCUUCGUUGGACGUGCCAGUCAUGGAGGUUCGGCUCAAGAGCACCGUGAACUUCUACGAGCGGAACCGCGAGACCAGCUUGCACAAGGUGGUGGUCACGGACAUGCUGGGCCUUUCGGAGUCUAGCGUCUCCAGCAACAGCGUGACGCCCACGACUCUUUCGGCCGUAGACAGCCUCCAGGCUCCAUUGGGUAGCUUUCACGAGAGCAGCGCGACGCUGGAAGCCAGCCUCUUGUCCAACAAGACGGUGAAAACCUUCAACGACAUGCAGGGCUCAACCUCCAGCCACUUCUUCGAUGAUACCAUGAUGUAUUGGUACUUGAAGCGCAAUGUCUUUCAGAGCCUCACGGACUUCUUUGAGCACAAGGUCGCCUUGUACCUCAGAUUCGACAGGGACCAGCUCCGCCAGCUCAAGAGCUGCCAGCUCCAAGUGGGUCUGCUCAACCAGGCUCUCUUCAACUUGGUGAAGGACAAUGUGAAGCAAGAUCGCCGGCUCUUCGGCGCCUUUCCGUUCUUCAAGUCAAAUCCAUUCUGCUGGACUCCGGACAACUGGAAUGAUCUUACGCAUAGGUUCGCGCCUGCGGCGGACGAAAGUGUUACGGCCAAUCUGGUUACACUCCAGGCCACUUUGAAGCUCUCCGAGCUUCUGGACUUCCUCUACAACAAAGAUUGGACGGUCCCAGAGGGGCAGGAAGGCACCGGCUACAACUUGAAGCUGAGGACAAAGCUGGACGGAGAGUGCGACACCUACCCGGAGUUCCAGGGCUACUGCUCCGCUUGCAGCCACAGUCCCUGUCAGAACGAGGGGACGUGCAGCGACCUGCCGGGCUUCGAUUACGAAUGCAGCUGCCCUGCCGGAUUUUUCGGCAAGGACUGCAGCAGCACGUCUCCGGUCGAAACGCGGCGGCUGCAGACAGCCGUGGACGCCUGCAAUGUGACCAAGGUGGGCACGCAGUACCCGGAGGACAAGUACUGGUGCAAGUGCCGGAACGGCACGGAGGUGUCAGUGAGGUCGAAUCUGAUCGACGUCAUCAAGAACUGGGGAGUGUUCUUCAACUAUGUGACGAACUUCAACUACAGCUAUACCGACAUUACCUGCGCCGAUGCCAGCAUGAAUGUGAAGACGACCACCAGCCGGGUGAAGUUCACCACGAGCCUGAGGACAGGCGUGGCUCCCAAUGCGUCCACCAACAUCCUCUACAUCCAGCAGCUCUACUGGGGCAGCGGGUUCGGGAGGAACCCGCCCUUCUACGUCAUGGUGUCCGGGCUGGCGGGCAUCGAGCGCAUGCUGGUCACCGAGAUCCAGGUGCCGGACCCCAGUAGCACGGACUCCUUUGCCCUGGAGGUGGUCAGGGACCUGGACGGCUCACGCCUAAAGUUCGACUUGACGGAUCCCGGGGACCCUCCGGCAACGCCCACGAGCCAGUGGAUUUGCCAUGCCAGGCUCUACAACGACGGCAGGUAUUGCGACUGCAGAUGCGGGAUGCCAGAUCCUGACUGCUUUUUCCCCAACCUGCCGGUCCGGAACUGUGGCAGCGGAGAGGCCUGCUCCACCCUCGGGCGCUGUACCACAGCGGAAGCCUUUGCGGGGCUCGCGGACACCAGUCAAGUCUACGUCUCCGAAGCGUGCUCUCAGCUGUACUUCCGUGGGCAUACGGACCUGGUGGGGUUCAUGGGCACGGAGGAGGAGUACCGAAACGCCAGCGGCGGCGGCUGUCCCACCUGCCCCUUCGAGCCAGGGGACUUGUACGGUGGUGCGGCCUCGCUCAGCGAAGCCUGCGAUGAAACGGGAAAGUGCGUCCAGGAGUACAUGUGCAGAUACAAGGCAGAGGGCUAUGUGGACGCUCGCCUGGUGAAGGACUUCGACGACUACCUGGAAGGCCUUGGGGAGGUGUACGACACUGACAAGCGCGGAUUCUACACCACCCAGGGCGGCACCGUCAAUGCCAGCAACGCCUACCGCAUGGUGGUCGUCAAGCUCGGCAGCAGGAGCCCCUUCCCCUACGGGGACGCCCCAACCUACAAGAUCGACAUCGAUCAGGAGACUGUGGUGGCAUCGCUUGCGCCAAUAAAGAGAUCAUCGAGGUGGUGA